AUAAGCAGUAACCGAAAAAUCCAAUUAUUUGAAUUUGUUAAGCUACUUUUAAAUUCUAAAUUUAAACGAUACGUUGUAUUUGUUAUUGUUUGCUUAUCAUUUUAAACUACGAUAAUGAGCGAUUCAUGCAGUGAAAAUACUGAUUUCUUAGUAUCUUUACCUUCAGAUUUUUUUCAAGUACAUUCUUCAGACAGUGAAACUAUUGAAGAUACAGUUACGGAAGAACUGUCUCGAGAAUCAAGUAGUUUUAAAGAAGUUGUUAACAAUUUAGUGACAAAUUUAGAUACAUUAUCGUGUCAAUUACAAAAUAUUGAAAAAAUGGAAACAAGCUAUAUAAAUAAUGGACUAUCUAGUCCAUUAAGUACGUCUUCUCCCAUCAAACCUACAACUAAAAAAGGAAAACAAAUUGAUGUUACAUCAAUUAAAACUCUAAUGAAUGAUAUGAUCAAAACUUAUGAGUAUCACGACACAAUAUUUAGGAAACUAGAAAAUAGUCAAGUAUCCCGAAAUGUUAAUUUUCAUGAAUGUAAAGAUAACUCCCCAGUUAAAACUAGAAAUGAAAUUAAUCAUGAAAAUAAUAAUAAAAACUUAAAAAGCGUAUGUUUAAACAAUGAAAAAAUUAAUAUAAGUGAAUCAAUUCCAGAAAUUACAAAAUUAGAUUCUGUUUCAAAAGAAAAUCUUUGGUUAAAAUUAGGAGAAGAAAUUUACCAAAGACAAAAUAUUGAACAAAAAGUUACAUGUUUAGAAGAAAAAAUAUUGAACUAUGAAAAAAAGUUGGCUGAAUGUAAAGAUAUCGAUCAAGAAAAAAAUAGUCUACUUAAUGAAUUAGCUGCAAGAUCAGCAUUAAUUUUAAAUCAAGUAAAAAAGUAUAGUCUCAUCAAUGAAAACAUUAGUCAAGACAUUAUAUCUGAACGUAAAAGCAAAUAUGUUGCUUUAGAAACUAUUAGACAAAAAUUAGAACGCUACAAAAAUGACUUAUCAAAAGCUACUACUCAAAUUAAUUCUUAUAAAAGUAGAACAGACGCUGCAGAAAAAAAAUUAAAUGAAGUAUUAACAAAUAGUAAAAAAGUAAAUUGCUGUUUAGAAAAAAUGAAAUUAGAUUUUGAGCAAAAGUGCAAAGAACUAGAAAAAAUUCAGAGUGAACUAAUCAAUACUAAAGAAGAUAAUAAAAAUCUUAAAAUAAUUUACGAUAAAACAGUAGAAAAGUGUCAUAAACUGGAAAAUGAAAUUUUAUUGCUAGAAGAAGAGAAAAAGUCGUGCGUAGAAAAAACUACAAAAUAUGACCAGCUUUUGGAUCAAAAGCGUAGAAUUGAAGAAAUUGUAAAUCAGAUGAAAAAUAGUGAGAGUCAAACAAUAGAAGAAUUAAAUGAGGCUAAAGAAGAAAUUAAAACUAUAAAAAAUGAACUAAAAUUAUUUUACCAAAAACAAGUUGAUGCUAUGUUAGCAGAUAAAGUAACAGAGUAUCAGCGAAAACUAGAUGGUAUAGUACAAAUGACCAAUGAAGAAAACAACUUAAUAAAAAGGCAAAUGGCCAAUAAAAUGUCAUCCUUAAAAGAAAAGUAUGAAAAAGAAAAACUUCUUAAUAGCCAAAAGCAUUCAUCUGAACUAGAAAAAUUUCAAAAAAUCAUAAAAGAAAAAAAUGAAUGUAUUAAGCUUUUAGAAAAGCAACUGAAUGCGGAAAUCCUUGAAAAACAACAAUUAGUAAAAAGUGUUAUUGGCGUUGUAAAGAAUGUCAAUGUUGAGAAUCAAACAACAUUUAAUAAAAGUAAUAGUGAUAUUAAAUAUCAAAAAAAGAAUUUUAAUAAUGAAAAAAAUUCUUCGAAAAUUGGAGAUCAUAAUUCUUUUUAUGAACAUGAAAAACUACUUCGUCAAAUUAGUCCAACAGAAUUAAGAAAACACAUUGAAAUACUGUUGAAUAAACCUCCUGGUGAACCAUUAUAAUAUCAUAUAUGUCUUGAAAAACUAAUUAUAUUUUUUUGAUAUAUCCUUAGACAGUGUAUGAAUUUUAUUUAUUGUUCACUUUAAUAGUUUUCUAUAAUCUUUUUUUUGUGUGUAUUUGUUUUGUUUUUUUAUAUUUAAAAUUAUAUUAAAUAUUUAUAUUUUUUUAUUUUGUUUAUUUCACAUUUUAUAUUCAUUAUACUAGUUAAUUAACGGUAACAAUAAAAUAUUACCAUUAUUUUUUUGUUCUGUAUAAUAUAUUUUUCUAUUUAAGAAAAAAAUUAU